AUGGCCGCCUCCGUGCAUCCGGUCUUGAUAAGCUUCUCGCUGGCCGUCCUCCUGGGUCUGACCUCUCUGGGUGGACUGAGCUCGCGGCCCUCGGGUCAGGCUUCGGCCCAGGUCCCCACCAACAACCAGACAACGGAGCCCUCCGUGUUGCCGGAGGCCGCCCUGGCCACGCCCACGCCAGACACCGAGGACCAAACGGUUCCAAGUAGCGGUAACCGAUGCUGGGGUUACUAUGACGUCAUGGGCCAGUGGGACCCGCCCUUCAACUGUAACGCAGGUAUCUACAUGUUCUGUUGCGGCUCCUGCUUCUACCGCUUCUGCUGCCAGUUCAAAGUUCACAGUCUGGACCAGACUUCCUGCUCCAACUAUGACACACCUGUGUGGGCCAACACCGGGAAACCGGCGGCACCCGUCACAGAGGUCCAGGAGGAGCCCGACCGGGAUCGGACCCACAUGAUCGUGUAUAUUAUCUGUGGAGUGGUGGCCAUCAUGGUGUUGGUGGGGAUUUUCACCAAGCUCGGGCUGGAGAAGAGUCAGGGAGGACAGACGGACAUGACCAACUCCAGGACUCUGACGGAGCUUUUGAAGCAGCCGGGGGAGGCAGGAGCAGUGGACGGAACUGGGGUUCAUCAUCCAAUAGGGACCAACGGCAUCUCCGCCAGGGCCCUACGCUCCAACAACGAUCACAACCAUCUGAACAACGCAGCCUUGUCUCCCCUGGGUCCAGCCAUGGCUUUGUCUCAUCCUCAUAACAACCUGGGAAUCGGCUUCAACAAGUACACCUCGCUCAAGGCCGUGGACACGGCUGCGAGAGACUACUACAAGAGCUACCCAAUGGUAGAUUACACCCAUCGCCAGUCCCCUCCCACUUUCCAGCCGAUCAACUUCCACCCCAAGGACAAGCCCUUCCUCCCGCCGCCCGACAUCCACGCGCCGCUGGCCAUCACCAUCAACGCCUCCCAGAUCCCCAAGCCGAAGAUCUCCAAGACCAACACCCACCCGCUCACCUCCAGCUCGGCCUUCAAAGUAUGGGACCCCAGCAAGAGCCACGCCCCGCACCCGGCGGGCUCCCACAUGACCCUCCAGGGGCAGCAGCAUCACCCCAUCCAGCAGCAGCAGCAUCAGCCGCUGCACCAGCAGAACAGCCGUCGCCAGGCCUACUCCAACAAGAGGCAGUUCAGCAUCGAGACGCUGCCCGAGCUCUUCUCGCAGCCGCUGGGCUACGGCCACUCGCCACACAUGCACCCCAAGCACAAGGGACUUCCCACCAACAGCAAGACCGAGGUCACUGUCUGAACGUGGCGGUGAACGGGUGA